GGAAUAUAUUGGUCAUUAUCGUCAUUACCGCUACUAAAGGUUAUCAUUCCAUGACUUCUCUUUUUAUCAUCAAUUUAGCAAUAAGUGACUGCCUAGUAGGACUGGGUGUAAUGCCCUUUGUAGCUUUGUCCCUUCUCUAUGAAGACUGGAGCAAGAUAAAUGUAAGUCACACAGCGUUCAUAGGUUUAUUUGUCUAGUAGCUUUGAUUAUAGGAAAAUACAACAUGCAAUUGUUAUUGAGCUAUCUUGUUGUAACCAGGGCCGGACUGGGGAUACAAAGCAGCCCUGGGAAAAAAAGGUCUUUUUUGUGUGUUUUAAUACAGGUGGUCCUCAUUUUGCGACCUACCUCUUUUACGACGGCUGGCACAACCAGCUCUCUCGGGGGGUGGUAAGUGCGCGCCAUUGUGGGAAUUAGAGGGAUUCCUUGCUCUGCUGCGUUCAUCUAUGUUCUGGGAAAUUUUCCCAAACAUAGACGAACGCAACACUGCAGGGAAUCCCUCUAAUAUAUGUUCGGGGGAAAAAACUCUUCAAAACCUACCCUAUGUCUAAAAACCCUGUACAUGUCCCAGGUAUAACUUCACAGUGCACUAGGUUAGAGAACUCUGUCAUUGUAGGUGGCACUACAAUGACAGCUGGAGAUCAGUCCCAGUGCAGGUAUUGCUGUUUUGAAGCAGAGCUCAGUUGACUUUCCUAUGACGUUUUUGUCAUUUUAUGGUGAGAACAUGGUUGUAUUCACAGGGAAAAAAAACAAAAAAAACUUUAGUAUAUUGAGUUCAGCACUGUUUAAUAAAUUACACCAGGUUCACACCAGAUUAUCCUAGAUAGAACACCCCUCUAGGUACAUAUGAAAUGAACAUUUCUUUAGGUGGGUAAAAAUGUUAUCACGUGAUUAAUUCUUAUACUUCUGUUCUCUACAAGAACAUUGAUUAUUUUUCUCAUUGAUGUUUACAAUUCUCUUGUCCUUUACAGGAACUUUGCUUGUUUGUGGGUUAUGUCUCAUCUGUGUACUGCACUGCAUCAAUACUAAGUGUGGUGGCAGUGUCCUUGGAUCGCUACUGGGCAAUAGUGGACUGUAUGAAAUAUGAAACGCCAUGGUCCACUCAGCGCUCAUUGUGUAUUAUCACGUGGAUCUGGGUUCAAGCUGCAAUUACCUGUUGCCCUCCCUUAUUAGGAUGGAGUAAGCUGGUGUAUGUUCCUUCAAAGUACACAUGUACCAUAGACUGGGCUACCAGUACUAGCUAUACCAUGUUUUUUUCUACCAUUUCAUUUUUCAUUCCCACAACUAUAUUUAUUUACUGUUUUAUCAGGAUAGUCAUUAUAGCCAUAGUGCAUGCAAAACAAAUUAGGAUUUUACAAAACCAGCUGCAAAGAAAUUCACCCAGAAAGAAAACUUCUGAAGUGGAGAAGCCAACAUGCUCACAGCUUAUUUAUAUUGUCAACUGCAAACUUCUAACAGAUGCACAUUCAUGUGACAACCAGAGUGUGUGUAGCUUUAAUCCGGAUUUGCUAAAUCCAAAACACAUAAAGAAAGACUUGUUUUCAGAAAAUGAUUUCUAUGGAAGGGAUCGUUGUGGGCGCCUUCGACUUAUAUUUAUGGUAGCUGUGUUCCUAUGUUGUUGGGUUCCUUAUGUAAUUAUAAAUAUGAUUCAGGCCAUAGAAACCACAACCUUGCAGCAGCCCACUGCCAUUUCCUCACCUGUACUCACUACUGCCUACUGGCUUACAUUACUGAAUUCUGAUUUUAACCCAUUGUUAUAUGCUUUACUGAGCAGACGAUUUCAGAAAGCUUUAAAGAUUCUAUUGAGGAAAGUUUGCAAGAAAGAUUCAUUAUCAGAUGUCCCUCAUUCCUUGCAGCGUAGAAGGACAAGCUCUAACGUCACAGGAAUCUCCAAUAUUCACUACACCAGUGACCAACAGAGUCAAGGAGAAAACUCAUGUGCCUCUGCCAGUCCUGUUCCAAGCCGCCAUAGUAGCCAACAGGAAGAAGAUUAUAUUCCUGGGCAGUUUCCAAAUCCCCCUAGUGAACUAAUUUCCUCAAAUCAAGAAAUACAACCUGAAACAGAGAACAGUUGCGUCCUUUUGAACCCAAGCAAUCUGCAACACCAAUUUUUACAAGUCCCUACUACUACAUCAUACCAAAUCAGACUACCCACAACUCCUAGUGGCAAGAGAUCAACUCUGGUUUGUGGAAAUAUCACUAUUAAAGUCAGCUAUGAGGAUCACUGACUGUUUUAAUACAAUGAAGCCAAGAAUAAACUUGAAUUUCUACUUAAUUUUACAAGAAUUCUGCAAAAAAAAAUACAAGUAUUGCAGAAAAUUAAAGAAAAAAACAAACAC